AUGGGAAACGAUGGAGGUUCAAUUCCAAAACGUAUUGAGCUUGUUAAAGAAAAACAAAAAGAAGUUAGACCAGAUCAAAAUGCAUUGAAAAUAGCUACUUGGUUUUUUUGUGCUCUAUCCAAGAGGCCGUUACAAGAUCCUGUCGUUGUGUGUGGAUUAGGUAAAUUAUAUAAUAAAGAUGCUGUUAUAGAAUAUUUAUUAAAUAAAAAUGCUUAUGGUGAUGGUGAUACUAUUUGUUCUCACAUCUCAACCAUGAAGGAUGUAAAAACAUUAAAAUUAGCGGCAAAUCCAGCUUUUAAAGAUUCAAAUGAAGCUAGUAUAGCACAUUUCGAUCAAGGAAUGGUAUCUAGAUUUAUUUGCCCUAUCACUAUGAAAGAAAUGAACGGAAAAUUGAAAUUCGUUUAUUUGGAAACUUGCGGUUGUGUAUUUUCCGAGCAAGGUUUAAAAGAAGUACCUAGUUCUACUUGUAUACAGUGCAAUAAAUCUUUUAAACAAGAAAAUAUUAUUACUAUAAAUCCAAAUCCUGCUGAACAAGAGCAGUUAAGGGUCGCUUUAGCUUUGUUACGACAAGAAUCCGCCGAAGAUAAUGUCAUAGCUGAAUCUUCAUCAUCUGCUUCACGUAACAAGAGAAAAAGAGAAGAUAAUGGCGAGCAAUCAAUAUCAAAGAAACCAGCAAUCGAAUUAGAAGUUGGUGUUACUGCUAGUAGUAGCAGCCCAAGUACUCAUAGUGGAAUUGGUGGUAAUAGUGUUACAGCUGUUGUUAACCAAAAAGUUCAAGAACAUUUGGUUAACGCCUCUUCUAAAAACAAACAGUCUAAAGCCAUUCAGUCUAUUUAUUCGCAGAAAAAAGAUAAGAAUGUUACUGAAAGUUAUUUAGUUAGAGGUACCUUUAAUCGAUAUGCCGCCACAAUGGAACAUAAUCAGUAUAAGUUCAAAAGUAUCUUGAAAACGAGUCAAAAAGCAGAGACACCACCUCCCUUGUUCCGUUCAGGUCCGGGCUCAUCGGGCACUUCAAAAACAUUUUCUUUCGUAGCACCGCAUUAUAAGGAUUUUAUCAAUGAUUUAACUCUUGGUGAAGGAGAUUCUUUUUUUGGUUCUGCAAAAAGAUUGACAAGUCCCACGAUUGGAAGGCAAACACUUUAUACACCGUCAAGGAAACUUUCAUUCACAUCGAUACUAGAUGAGGUUUUGCCUAAUAAAUUAACUGGUCCAUUCGAUCCUAAUGUUAAUUCAAGGGAGGUUAAAAUAAAUAUAAUAGAAAAGCUCACUACAAAGAGUCCUUUGAGAGAACAAAAGAAAAUAAAUUUUCUUGAAAACAAUCUUAAUGUAAAAUUUGGAGCCGAUAAAUCCAUCAAAAUCCGUGUAAACGCCCCGCCAGCUAAAAAAAAAGUAGCAAACAAAGCUAUUAAGAAUACUACUGCUACGGCUCAAACCAAGCAAGUCACAAUUCCAAAAGAAUUUAAUUUUUCCAAACGUUUUGAUAAACAACAAGUUAAGAAUCAUCCUACAAAUCAUUCUCAAAGGAUUCAGAAACGGCAACCUGUUAAAAAAACCGGCAUAGGUCUGAAGGUUCCUCCAAAAAGAUUUAAGACUUCUAAAUGUCUUGAUAAACCACAUGCUAAAAGAAAUAAUCCUAUGAAUAAAUCUCAAAGGGUUCAGAAACAGCAACCUGUAAAAAAAUCCGGCACAGAUUCAACGGUUACUAUUCCAAAAGAAUUUAAUUUUUCUAAACGUUUGGAUAAACCACGUAGACCAAAUGUUAAAAAUUAUCCUACGCGUAAAUCUCAUGGGAUUCAGAAACGUCAACCCGUCAAAACGAUUUUGACAAUUCCCAAACCCUUCAGAUUUCACGUGGGAAACCGAGUGGUCAAUAAACAUUCGCCAAAAUCACCGUUUAUUUCAUUGGCGGAACGAGUGCAACAAUUUAUGGAGAAAACCCCGGACAGAUUCAAAUCAAAGCCUGUAACGAUGAAGUCUAUUUCGUAUUAUGAUAAACCUCCUACGAAAGCAAAGUCUCCUUUUUUACGCACUAAAUUAAGGGCUAACAAGCAAACCUGA